CUUCUAGGAUCAAGUAAAACCAAGAUAGUCCUGCUGGGAAAAACUGGCAGCGGGAAGAGCAGCAUUGGAAACACCAUACUGGGAGGAGAUCUGUUUACAACAAAAACAUCCCCAAACUCAGUGACAUAUGAAUGCAAAGCUAAAUCUAAAGAUAUAAAAGGAGUUUCUGUCGAAGUCAUCGACACUCCCAGCUUCUUUGGAAACAAUAUGGAUGAAGAGAAGGUGAAGAGUGAAAUUGUAAAGUGUAUCAAAAUGUCCGCGCCUGAGAUUCACGCGUUUAUCAUUGUGCUGAAUGUGGGACGAUACACAGACCAGGAGAAGGAUGUCAUCAAUAAAAUAAAGGAAUAUUUCUCAGAUGAGGCUCUGAAACACGCUGUGGUCGUGUUCACGCAUGGCGAGCAGCUGGAUGAAAGGAAGGAGAUUGAGAGUUUUUUUGUAGAGAAUCGUGAUCUGACAGAGCUGGUGAGGAAGUGUGGAAGCAGGUGCCACGUUGUGGAUAAUAAAUACUGGAAAAAGAAGAAAGGCUACAGGAGCAACAGGUCUCAGGUGGGUCGGCUUCUCAACACAAUAGAGACAAUGAAAAGCGAGCAGGGAGCCUACACCAGCAACUUACUGCAAGAGGUGGGGAAAAGUCUGCCCUGGGGCAAGAUUUUGAAGAUAUCGGCUUCAGUAGGAGCUUUGCUGCAAGCAUAUUUUGGUGUUUUUAAAGUCACAUCAGUAACAGCUGAUUCAGAUGGAAUUACCAUAAGUUUGAAGAUCGAUCACACAAUGCUACAAGUCAUUGCAAUAAGUCUACUGGAGAGAAGAUGUUGCAUAAUCAUGUGACGGGAAACCUUUUCCGGAUUCACCUAAAAUCAUCUCCAUCUGGACGGGGCCUUAGAUUGUCGAAUGUUUUAAAUGUUUGUCUUCAUGGAGGGUUAAAAUUGAGGAGGGAGUAAAAACAUCAAAGCAAACAAACUAUAAAGCCUCUGAUAAAUCUGCCAUCAGCAACUGUGGAUCAAAGUGGUUGAUAAUGUUUGUAAAAUGUUAUUUAAACAGCAGGAGAGAAGAUUAGUUAUGUAGAUAAUACAACAAAAUGAUGAUGGAUACAGAAGGUUGGGGGGAAACAUUGUUCUUCACAUUAUUUUUUACAUCUUUUUUUUUUUAAACUGUCUGAAUUGUAGCUUCACAUCAGGUACUUUAAUAUACUAUUCUAUAUUACAUGAAAGUAGAAAUAAAUCUAAAUAGUUUUUCAUUUACAAAAUGUAGGAAAGUGAUAUUUUCUGGGAAACUAUUUGUGCUAAUGGCUGUUUUUUGAACCACAUUUUGGACCAACAUUGUUGAUUCAAACCUUAAUAACCUUUUCAUAGCCUAACAGUUACUGUUUCCUGUAAUUAUAUUCUUAUUGCAUUGUUUAGUUUGUUGUUUUUCUGAAUGCAAAAUUGAAAUUGCCAGUUAACUUGAGCUUUUCAUGUUAGCCCAACUUAUUUCUUUAGAACUGUAAAACAGAAUCGUUUCUGUAA